CUUUUACUUGUCUAAAGAAUUUGCCGAGAAUUUAAAAGCAAGUUGUUGGUUUUGUUGUAAACAAUUUUAUUUCGUUCUUAAAAUGCUGCCAAACGUAUCGGAAACAAAAAUAUCAGAAGACGAGGCAAAAAUUUACGAUCGGCAAAUCCGGCUGUGGGGAUUGGAGGCCCAGAAGAGGUUGAGAUCGGCCAGGGUCCUCGUCAUUGGUCUCGGCGGUUUGGGCGCAGAAAUCGCAAAAAAUAUUAUUCUGGCUGGAGUUGAUCUCGUAACUUUUCUUGAUGAUAAAAAGGUCGAAGAUAAAGACUUCAAAAGUCAAUUUUUCAUCAGAAGAGAGCAUUUAGGCAACAAUAGGGCAGCAAGUUCGGUCCCAAAUGCUCAAAAUUUAAAUCCAAUGGUUAGAGUAUCAGCUAACGAAGAAUCAAUAUCAGAAAAGUCAGCUGAUUUUUUUAAAAACUAUGAUGUCAUCUGCCUGACUGAUUCUGAUUGGUCAGUAGCCCAGAAAUUAGAUCUGAUCUGUUCUCGACACGGGAUAAAGUUAUUCAUCGGUGGGGUGUUUGGAUUCUAUGGGUACAUGCUGUCUGAUCUUGGAAAGCAUGAAUAUGCUGUGGAUAUUCCACAGAAGACAUCACCAAAGAACAAGACGACCAGAGAUGGUGAACCAGAGACUAAAAGGAUGAAAAUAGACGAGAAUGAAUCAAAAACUGUUAAGAAGGUUGCAGAUUUUCUGCCAUUGGAUAAGGUGUUCAGUUUUGAUUGGUCGGAUGGAAAGAAUGCCGCCAGGCUUAAAAAGACUCCAACUGGAUACUUCCUCUGCAAAGUGAUAACCGAAUUCCUUGCGAGGAAUGAUCGAACUCCGAGCCUGACCUCCAAGAUCAGCGACAAACAGGAGUUACUGAGUAUUAGGAAGCAGUUACUGGACGGCUGGAAACUUGAUGAGAGAUACUUGCCUACAGAUUACUUCGAGGAAUGUUACUACGGUGAGCUUAGUGCGACGUGCGCGGUCGUCGGGGGUAUCGUAGGUCAAGAGGUCAUCAAGGUCGUCUCGAAGAGAGAUGCACCACAUAACAAUUUCUUCUUCUUCGAUGGUGUUCAAGGAUGUGGAUUGGUUGACAAGAUUGGUGGCGAUGAAUGACUGAUUGAUUGAUUGAUGGAAUAAAAAGAAUAAACGAAUGAGUGAAUGAACUUUUAGUGGAAAUGUGAACAAAUGAAUGAAUGAAUGAUAGUAGACAGCGAGAUUGAAAACGAUGAUGAUGAUGAUACAAUUAAUCAAUCCAUUAAGUUAUCAGACUGACUGAGGUAUCAUUGAAAGUGUCAUUCAGUUUUAUUUGAUACCAUUCAAUAUCAUCAUAGUUGUAAUCACCAUUAUUGUUAUCAUUACCAUCUUCAUCAUUUGACUCUUUUAAUUUGAUUGAUUGAGAGAGAAAGAGAGAGAGAGAGAAACAAAACCGAAAUUUUCAGAACGUUUAAGAUAUUACAUAUUGUCUAUUACGAUUUAAAAUUCAACAAUAAUAAAAUGUCAUCAGACCAUCACUACUACUACAGUAUAUAUACUACAACUACUACUGUUACUACUCAUCGCUACUACCACACGUCGCUACAUUUCCAUUGAACUACUAACUACCUUUAUUUCUACCUGUUGCUGCUGCUGCGGUUUCCGUCACUACUACUACCAGUUACUACAGCCACUAGUUACUCCUAAUAAUCAUCAUUAACGCCGAAGCUUUCUUAUUACUACUGCACUUGCCACAGCAUUCGUUGAUACUACUAUUAUUUUUUUACUUUAUUGAUUAGUUUACUAGUAGGUAUUGUUAUUAUUAGCUGAUGAGAGAAGUAAUUGAGUUAGUAUUAGAGUUUAAAAAAUCGAACUUACACACGUACGUGUGUGUGUUUGUAUGUGUGUGUGUUUGUAUAUGUGUUUAUAUGUCUGCAUGCGACAUUGUCAAAACGCUAAAUCCAAAAAAAAAAUUCGAACAGAAGAGUAACAUCAAUAGUAGUAGUAGUAGAAGUAAUAAUGACGAUAAAAAUGUCGAACGAUGACGUCAUUAUCUCGUGAUUCGUUAGUUACCACAAUACGAUAAGGAAAGGGAGUAACAAUCACCUGUAUGUAUAUAUAUAUAUAUAUAUAUAAAUAUAUACAAUAUAUAGAUAUAUAUAGAAAGAGAGAUGUGUGUGAGAGAGUGUGAGUGUAACACCAACAAAGACAUGUUUUAAAACAAAUUUAAAAUGCAACAUAUGCUGAUGAUUUUAUUUAAAACUGACCCAACCAGCGCUCAAUAAAAGCUUAUAACAAUAAUAAUAAAAAUAAUAACUACAACAAGAAUAACAAUAAUUUUUAGCGAUGAUUGCAGCGUUUGAACACACAUGAUAUCAUCGUAAAUUUUUUGAAAACAACAUGGGUAAAAAAAGAAAACAGAUUGAUGACGUCGCUAAGGACGAUGAUGACGUCAUUCGAGUAUAAAAACAAAACCGCCACCCGACGCUGUCUUCAAUGGUGACAACUUUGAUGAUGAUGAUGGUGGUAAUGAUGAAAUUCAUCAUCUAAAUCAUCGUCUAAACCAUCAUCUAAAUCAUCAUUAAACGAAUGAUAGACAGCUAAAGAUCAACAAUGAACAUCAGUGAUGGUCGUGACCACACUGACAUGAAUCCGACAGACUGGCCAUGGCUAUCCUAUGCUGCAACUGCUGCUGUUGCAACUGCUGAUGAUGGUGGUGGUGAUGGUGGUGGUGGUGUGGGUGGGGAGUAGUCGGGGCGGCCGAAGGGUGGCUUUGGAAGAGCCGUGGCAGCCCGAUAUUUUUGCUGAGUAUGAUGUAACUGCAGCAGUCGUCGUCUUCCUCCUCUUCAUCUUCGUUGUCCUGCAUGCAGCAGAGGUCUUCAUGGUGGCCGGGGUUCGUCUCGUCUAAAUUGUAUUUUAAUUUCUUGAAGAAUGAAACAGCUGGCAUGUUGUGUUUGAAGGUAGUCAAUAAAACUUUCUUCAUCUGGGCCUUGAAGGCUAAAAGUUCCAGUAUCUGUAUGAGAAAUUUCCCCAGACCUCUGUGCCUAACUUGCUUCGUUAGCUGAAUCUCGUAACAAUACAAGACCUCGAUAUCAUUGUCCAUAUCAAAUCUAAAAUGAACGAAAGCCAAUGGUAGAUCAUCAUCAUCACCGUUUUCAUUAUUACCACGAUUACAACAACCACUACUACUACUGAUAUUAUUGUUGUUGUUGUUGUUCUUGUUACAACCAUCAUGAACAUUAUUAUCAUCAUCGUCGUUAUUGUUGCAAACGUCACUUACGUUAUCUUCAGAUUUAGAAUCUUUUGUUGAGAUCUCAUCCUCUUCUUCGUUUAUUGACUUUGUGUCGUCUGCAUCGUCAUUAUCAUCAUCAUCAUCGUCAUCAUUAUUAUUAUCAUCACUACAACUAUUUGAAUUUAUUUCAUCAAUUGAUGUCUUAUUAACUUUGGCACCAUCAUCUAUGACAACGUUUUGUUCUGAAAUUUCAUCGACAACUUUCAAACUC